AUGUCUGCCAUCAUAUCAAAGUUGAAGAGUAGCGCUAGUAGCUCGCCACCGCCCGUUGAAACCAACCCGAUAUUGGAAUAUUUCGAAGUGGGCAAGGAGAGCAGCUGCGCUGGUCCUGGCCUCGUGUGGCGGGUCCAUGACGCCCACAGGAAGAGCGACGGAAAGGAAUGUUCGGUGUUCUUCUUUGACAAACGAAUAGUGGACAAACUUUACAAGCCGAAGAGGAAGGAGAGUAUGCUAGAUCGCAUAAAAGCAUGCAUUAUCAUGAUGGACAGGAUGCGUCAUCCAAGGAUGCUACAAAUAAUACACUCCCUGGAAGAGAGUCAUAACACUUUGGCAUUUGCAUCUGAAUGCAUCUUGGGAAGCCUUCAUAAUAUAUUGGCCUGGCAUGAAUCAUCGCCGAUACCUCCUGGCGGUCAGGUUCCUGUAAUGCCGCAUCCCAUGUCUUUGGGACCACCUACAGCGCAAAUGAUGUCCGUGCAAUCGCAGACGCAGAGGCCACCUUUCGCCCGAGAAUAUCAUUUCAUGGACAUUGAACUACGCUUCGGCUUGCUUCAGAUCAUCGAGGCGCUUUACUUCUUACAUUACAACAUCAGGCAAAUUCACCGCAAUAUCUGCCCUCAAAUAAUCAUCGUCACUAAACGUGGCACAUGGAAACUCUUUGGACUAGAGUUUACCGAAAACAUUCUUGGUCUUGAUCCGACCGAGAUGAUCAGUGUUCCACCGUGGUCUAUAAAAGUGGCCAAGUUAUGUCAACCCGAGCUUGACUUCUUAGCCCCCGAAGUGCAGCUGAGUGGUCACUGCAAUAUAUUAUCCGAUAUGUUCUCAUUGGGGCUAAUAAUAUGUUCCCUUUUCAACCACGGCAAGUCUCUGCUGCAAUCUAACAACAACCCGAUGCUUUAUCUAAGGCAGAUUGAGUAUUUGGAACAACAAGUGAACGACGUGCUGCCUCGCAUCCCGCCCGGUCUUCAAGAGGCCGUCCAACGCCUGCUGUCACGUGACCCUCACUCACGACCCUCAACUCAACUAUUACCACUCAUCAACUACUUUAAGUGUCAAAUUGAACCGGCAAUCCAAGCGAUGCAAUUCUUAGAUGUCAUCACGUUAAAAGAUAAUGCACAAAAGAUCCACUUCUAUAAAGGCCCACUUAUUGAAGCUUUACCGUUCAUACCGAAGAAACUACGUUGGCAGCAUGUUUGGCCAGUUGUACAGGUCGAAAUCAAAAACACAGAGAUAUUAGCUUCUGUGCUCAUUGCCGUUGUAUGGAUAACGAAUGAAGCUACAAAUGAAGAGUUUUCCACCUACAUCUUACCCGCAACCGUGGAUUUUUAUGCCCUGAUGAACUCGCCUAAGACCCUACAAGCAUCAGUCACAAUGCUGGAAAAUCUUCAUAUUAUAAUGCGUAAAUGCUCAAAGGAAGACAUGGAUAAUGAGAUCAUGCCUCUACUUUACGCCGCUAUGAACAAUAACAACAGCCAUAUUCAGACGGCAUCAUUAAUUGCUCUACAGAACAGCGCAGACUUGUUGCCUGAUCAAAUAAUACACAACGUAAUAUUGGGGAAACUGAGGAUUAUGCUCGAACAGAAUCAGAGCGACGUUAAAAUUUUAAAUUUGAUUCUCGGCUUCUUUGAGCUCAUUUUGACACGUUUGGAUAGGAACCAUGUCAUGGAAGAUGUAAUACCGACACUUCUGGUCAUGAGGCUGAAUGACCCUGAUAUAACCACUCGUGUCGUGAAACUGUACAAGUCCAUGCUAUUGGAAAAGAAGUUCGGGCUGACUACUAAUUUGAUGGCUACUAAGAUGAUACCAACAUUGGCUCCUCAGACCAUCAACCCAGCACUUAAUUUAGAGCAAUUCGGUACUCUUAUGGAGAUACUUUACGACAUGAUGGAGAACAUUGACAAGCAUCAACGUAGUAAGCUAAAGGAAAGUAAUGCCACCGCUGUGCCGAACCCUGAUCGUCGUGCUCUACGUCAUCAGAUAAGCACAGACAAUGUGACAGCCCCACCCUUUAAUAUACCUAAUCUAAGGGUGGAACAACGCAAGACUUCAAGUGCCGAAGAUAUGGCACGCAAAAACUCAAUUGCCGCACCUAUAACCACCACAGCUGCCAGUAGCGCAGCUGGUAGCGCAGCUGGUAGCGCGGCUGGUAGUGCUACCGGUAGUGUAGGCAGAUUUAAGAGUAAGUAUACCGGCAUUGGUCAAUGGUUCUUCGGAUCGAACAAUUCUACUAAUAACGACGGUAACUUUUUGCGCGUAACAAGCGUGUUUCCAAAUAGACGCUUGUCAGACAACACUUUGAUGACCCCCAAGAUUCGCAUAGCACCAUCUUGCGCCUCUUCUCCUGGUGGAACUCCAGGAGGCACUUCUGGAUUACCGACUCGACGCCACUCGAGCAUUGGACCACAAGAACGUCGAGGAUCCGCUGUAAAUUUGUCUCCGCCCACUGGUGGUUCGAUGCCGAAUACGUCAUCAAGCGUUCCGUUCUUGCUGACGUCAUCGAUGCAGUCAAUCAGGUCACGGCGACCGUCCGCAUGCCUCAGCGGCUCUCAGGGCUCUGGAAUUCUACAGCAGAUCAGCACCGGCAUGGUAAGGCAUCUUCCGGUCGGCUCUCAUGGCAAUGUACCGCACGUCCAACAGCCAUGGGGUACGUUACAGGGCGCGACGUCCGCAGGCUACAGCGCUUUGCGGCACACGGCUAUGGCAGUCAGGAAGUGCCCCUCACUUAAUAUCACGCUGACACGUUAA